AUGCUCAUGAGAUGGAGAAAUUUUGAUAACAAUUUCAGUUUCCAGGGCAUCAAAAUGGCUGAAACUGCAAUUGAAGAGGUGAUGAUCAAAAGUGAAGUGAUAGAAAUAUCUGAUGAAGAAGAAAAAGAGCCAGAACCAAAAAAGAGGAAACGAAAACGGCCUGCAAUACAAAAAGAUCCCAUACCGUGCGACCAAUGCGGGAAAAAAUUUCAAACCGGCUAUGAGCUUAAAAAGCACCAGCGGACCCACAGUGGCGAGAGACCAUACAUGUGCACUACAUGUGGCAAAACUUACACCCAGCUCGGACACCUCAGUAUCCACGUAUUAUCACAUCAGGGCAUCAAGAACUACAUCUGCGGUGAUUGCGAUGCCGCAUUCUACAGGAAGGCAGACUUGGACCGUCAUGAAAAGAUACACAAGGGUAUCAAGCCCUACCAGUGCGAGAUAUGCCCGAAGAGUUUCACACAAAAGAACAAUUUAGUUAUGCACUUCAAGAUGCAUAUUGGUGACAAACCUCAUCAGUGUACGGUCUGCAGCAAACGGUUUCUUACAAGGAGUAAGCUGAUGCAGCAUUCGAAAAGACAUGAUAAAGAGAAAAAAGUGAAAAGUUAUGUUCAGGGUUGUGUUCGAUAUUGUUGUGGGGAUUUAAUUGAGGAUGAUGCAGACUGA